GUGGUUUACGAAUUUGAUGAUUACUAAAAAACCCCUCUUUCUCCUCACAAAACCCAUUCUCUUCUCUUUCUCUCACUCAAUAGAAUUCCGUUGAUAAAUAAUCCGCCGGUAUCCGCCGUCCACCACCCGCCCCGACCACCGGCUAAAUUAAGAACUCGGGGGCAAGAAUAAGGACGUAUACCUGUUGUUUGAACUGAGGUAUGUGUGUCAUUGGCUUUGACAAUAAAACACUCGGGGAUGGAUUUUAAAAUCAGAGGUAUUGGCUGGGUGGGGGGCAUUUACCAGAAGUUCGAAACAUUGUGUCAUGAGAUGGAUAAUAUUGUGAAUCAGGACACUAUCAAAUAUGCUGAAAACCAGGCACAUCGUGUGGGUAAAAGCAUGAAGAGAUUUUAUUCUGAUGUUGUACUUCCUUCAAAACAUGAAGGUCAAGGAGUUGCUUUAAAAAGAAGCGCUACAAUUGAUACCCCUUUUGAAUUGAAGGCUGCUAUUCAGGAUGAUCACAUAAGCACUGUUUGUAACCUAUCACAUGUUGAGCCUGUUGCAGUUGAUACAAUUGAAAAACAGCUUGAUCAUGCUUUUAAUGAACUUUUCCCUCUGGCUCAAUCAAGCUUUCCAACUUCUGCUGAUACCCUCGAUGGGGCAGAGUCGGGCAUAAUUUCCCAACAACUUUGUGAUGCUAUGAAAACUACAAGUUCUGUUGUAAGCAUAGAAGAAAAUCCCAUCAGGGAAAAAUCAUCUGGGUUUAAUGUACCAGAUCUGAUUUCUUUUGGAGUGGAAGAAUCAUUUGGAGACUCAUUGACUAAUAAUAAGUUCAUUGAUUGUACCAAGAAAAUUUCACCUGGGGCUGCGGGUGAGGUUUCUCUUGCAAUGCUAGUUCAUGAUAUGGAAUCUCAAUCCCCUAGAAAGGAGGCAGGAAUUAGUGAUAACAUUGGAGUUGAUGUGGUCAACAGGCAGCUCGCGUGUUCUUUUGGUGAGCUUUGCCAUGUAGACCAACCAGGUAACCCUAAUACUGUGGAUUCCCAUUUGGGUAAACAAUCCAUAACAUCAGAAGAAGCUGCCGAGGCUUUGAAUGAUACAAAACUUGAAGUAAACCUAGAGGAAUAUCCCACAAUGGUUCACACUGAUUUUUCCUCUACAACUUCAGCUCAUGGUAACCAAAAUGCAAGAAAAAUUAAGGAUGAGCGUGUCUCAGAUUCUUUAGGUGAUGUUACUUCUUCCAAAAUGGCUUCUUUAGUCAUUGGUUGUGAGGAAGAUAUGGCAGAGGUUGGGGUUAAUGUAGCUGGGUUAGUUUCUCACAAUGUAUAUUCAUCUUCCAUGUUGGCUUCACUUCUAUCCGAUGAGAAGGAGUUGAAGGUGGAAGCAUCCAUUUCAUCUAGAAAUGACUUGUCCAUGGCAUCAGUUGGAAAUGGUGCCUACAGAACUGUUAAUAGCUCCAAGUCUCUGACUGGAAUUUCGGGAAACAAAAAUCUUCACUUUGGUGGUGAAUCUCCUCAACUUCAGGAUUCAUCCUCUUCUAAUAUAGGACAUGUAGAUGAUUCCAAUGAUGAUAUCAAGUUUUCUUCCAUGGAGACCAUUGAUUUGUAUGACAAGGUGAAGCUUGAGGACAGCUGUGUCAUUCCUGAUAGUAGUGCACUUUAUGCGGUCUCGCGUAGAUUAAAUAAACACAAAUCAUACAGGAAAAGAAUACAGGAUGCUUUAACUUCAAGAAAGAGGCGGGCGAAGGAGUACGAGCAGCUAGCAAUUUGGUUUGGCGAUGCGGACAUGUGUUCAGUCCACGAUCAUUUUCAAACUCUACAGCCAUCAUCCUCGGAGCCCAAAAAUACGCAGACAGAACUUGUAUGUGAUUCUGACUGGGAAAUCCUUUAAGCACGAGAUACGCUGUGAAUACUCAUGUUCAAAGUUCCACCUUCAAUGUAUUUACAAUAAACAUGCAGGUAAUCAAUCUGUCCUGUAAAUCAAAUUGUCUAUGAUAAAUGGCACAGCGUUUCAAAUUUCAACAGUGUAUAUCUAGUUUUCUAUGUUUUCUUCAUACA